UGUUAUAACAAACAAAUAUUUUCAAAUGCAAGAUAAAACUGCUUUGGAUUAUUUAUCUGCUUUUCGCAAAAAAGAUGAACAAGGGAUCGAUGCGGCUCUAUCAAAAGCUUCCUAUUUUUGUGAAUUAUUCAAAACCUCUUCAAAUGACCCUUUAUUAUCAGACAAAUAUUUGAACAUGUUCAAAGUUUACGAAAAUGAAGAUAUUUGGAAAAUCACAAAUUCUCCCGAGAAUGAAAAAGAUACUUCUAUUUAUGUUAUGCCUUUAGAGCCAGACAAAAAGAAAAAGGAAGGCGAGGCUGCAAUAACUUUGGGUGGUAUUGGUUCUUUCAAAGAAAAUUGGGAUUUAUUUACUGAAAAAAGUUUGGAAGGUUUAGAUUGGAAUAAUGUUAUUGUCGGUGGAGGUUCAGUUAUGGCUUGUCUUUUACCAAUUCCUAAAAUCUUUCAUAAAAAUGUCCAUAAGAUACGUGACUAUUACCACAAUAAAUCUUCAUUCGUCAGUUCUGAUAUUGAUAUGUAUAUUUAUGGACUUGAUGAAGAAGCUGCUAAAAAGAAAAUGUUGGAUAUUUUUACAACUUUUUCCAAAAAUGUUCCAUUCCAAUAUGCUUUGAAACAUGGAAUGUUUGAUGAACUUACAGCUGGACUUACUACACCUCUGGAUGUAAUAAAAAUUCAUGGUGUUAUAACAAACAAAUAUUUUCAAAUGCAAGAUAAAACUGCUUUGGAUUAUUUAUCUGCUUUUCGCAAAAAAGAUGAACAAGGGAUCGAUGCGGCUCUAUCAAAAGCUUCCUAUUUUUGUGAAUUAUUCAAAACCUCUUCAAAUGACCCUUUAUUAUCAGACAAAUAUUUGAACAUGUUCAAAGUUUACGAAAAUGAAGAUAUUUGGAAAAUCACAAAUUCUCCCGAGAAUGAAAAAGAUACUUCUAUUUAUGUUAUGCCUUUAGAGCCAGACAAAAAGAAAAAGGAAGGCGAGGCUGCAAUAACUUUGGGUGGUAUUGGUUCUUUCAAAGAAAAUUGGGAUUUAUUUACUGAAAAAAGUUUGGAAGGUUUAGAUUGGAAUAAUGUUAUUGUCGGUGGAGGUUCAGUUAUGGCUUGUCUUUUACCAAUUCCUAAAAUCUUUCAUAAAAAUGUCCAUAAGAUACGUGACUAUUACCACAAUAAAUCUUCAUUCGUCAGUUCUGAUAUUGAUAUGUAUAUUUAUGGACUUGAUGAAGAAGCUGCUAAAAAGAAAAUGUUGGAUAUUUUUACAACUUUUUCCAAAAAUGUUCCAUUCCAAGUAGUUUGUGUUCGUGGAAAAUAUUCAGUUAACAUUGUUAGUAAAUAUCCAUAUCGUAUUAUACAGAUUGUUUUAAAACCUUACAAGACUCCUGCUGAAUUAAUGGCGCACAUUGAUAUCGACUCGACCAGAGUAUGUUUUGACGGUAAAGAUGUUUGGGCUGCACCCAAGACACAUCAAGCUUUUAUUAAACAAUGUAAUAUUAUUGAUCUUUCGUGUCGAUCCGCUUCCUAUGAAGUUCGCUUAGCAAAAUAUGCUGAAAGAGGAGAGCUAACACCACAAGGCCGGCUCCGAUGGAAGGGCGAUCGAAGAAUCACCACUAUCCAAACCAAAAAGAACAAAAAUAAUUGUAAGAAUGGCAAUAAUUUUAGCAUUAUUGAUUACAAUAUUAUGGAGUAA